UAGAGGAAUUGAAACCCUCUAACUCACACAUAUAUAUAUAUGGUUAUAAACCCUCGUUGUAUUUCCAUUCUGGUUUCUCGACGCUACACACCACAACACCAACAAAUUAAUACUUCAUCAUCUUCUUCUCCUUCGCAUACUCUCAUGGCUUUGCCGAAUCAGCAAACCGUCGAUUACCCUAGCUUCAAGCUCGUUAUCGUCGGCGAUGGUGGAACAGGAAAGACCACAUUUGUGAAGAGACAUCUUACUGGUGAAUUCGAGAAGAAAUAUGAACCAACCAUUGGUGUGGAGGUCCACCCAUUGGAUUUUUUCACAAACUGCGGGAAGAUUCGUUUCUAUUGCUGGGAUACUGCUGGCCAAGAGAAGUUUGGUGGUUUGAGAGAUGGAUAUUAUAUCCAUGGGCAAUGUGCGAUCAUAAUGUUUGAUGUCACUGCCCGGUUGACUUAUAAAAACGUCCCUACUUGGCACCGUGAUCUUUGCCGGGUCUGUGAAAACAUCCCAAUUGUUCUCUGCGGUAACAAGGUUGAUGUGAAGAACAGACAAGUGAAAGCAAAGCAGGUUACCUUCCACAGGAAGAAGAAUUUGCAGUACUAUGAAAUAUCGGCCAAGAGCAACUAUAACUUUGAGAAGCCUUUCCUUUACCUUGCCAGGAAGCUUGCAGGCGAUCCCAACUUGCAUUUCGUAGAGUCACCUGCCCUGGCUCCUCCAGAAGUUCAAAUCGAUUUGGCCGCGCAACAACAGCAUGAAGCCGAGCUUGCUCAAGCUGCUAACCAGCCUCUUCCCGAUGAUGAUGAUGACACAUUUGAGUAAGAGCUUAUGUCCCCGGAUUGACGAUCUUUGUGAGUUGCUGGUAUUUGUGUAUGCUACAAUUUGAGUUUGAUGGGUUGUAUUAUUGACCGUGGAUGAUGAGUAUUUCAGUAACAGAGUUAAUCGUUUAUGAUA